CACAACCCUUAACCAUGAACAGUGUUGCGGCUGCACUCCUUGUGUGGACUCUGACCUCUCCCAGCAGCGGUGGCCAUGGCAGAGGGGAUGCUUGGCCCACACACCGGGCCUGCAGCAGUGGGGGCUUGGAAGUAUUCUACCAGAGUUGCGAUCCCCUACAGGAUUUUGGCCUUUCCAUUGACCAGUGUGCCAGGCACAUCCAACCAUCCCUCAACAUUAGAUUUGGCAUCAUUCUGAGAGAGGACAUCAGCAAGCUGUUUCUGGACAUAGCUCUUGUCUCAGGAGGCUCCUCUUUUCUGAACUUCUCCUAUCCCAUCUGUGAGGAGGAUCUGCCCAAGUUCUCUUUCUGCGGAAGAAGAAAAGGAGAGCAGAUAUACUAUGCUGGCCCUGUCAAUAAUCUUGGAUUUGAUGUUCCACAGGGAGAAUACCGGGCUUUGCUGAAACUGUAUAAUGAAAACCAUGCUAUGGUGGCUUGUGCCAAUGCUACCGUCAUCUGCUCCUGACCACGACCUGCCAGAAAAUACACAGCAAGCUCAGCCUCGGGGAACCCCAAGGUCCCCCAGACUCAGCUGCCUAUAAUAAGGGACACUGAUGACCAAAACAGGCUCCGCAAAGAAAUUCUGCAUGGGUCCCUCUCACCCAGGCGCAGAUGCUGCCAGACCCCACAGAUGAAAUAAAGCCUCCGGAAUGAUCUGGUUUUGAUCCGAGGGCCCUAAGUAGACUCAGGGUCCCAGCUGUAAUGGCUCUCCUUAUAUCAUUACAGCUCAUCAAACUUACGUCCUUGUCUGUUUUUUAGAAAGACUUUCUCACAGUUGCCUGGGAUUAAAAAAAAAAGAAGAAAGAAAGAAAGAAAAAGAAAAAAAACUGACCCGCACCUGUUCAUUGUGGCUUGCUCAAUGACUGUUAGUACAGUCUGUGGUUAAUAAGUUAUUUUCUUCAGAUAAAAGUGUUGGCCAGCUGGUGCGGCACAAGUGGCCCUCAGAAAGCCAAGAGGAUGAUGCUUAAAAUCAGGGUUCUAAGACAAUGUGUCAUUGAUGCUCCUGGGCCCCAAGACCAUGAUGGGGAGAUGCUGAUGGAACCCCUCCAAGAGCGACAUCAUCUCCCUCCCCCCCCCCAGUUGUCCACAUACCCUUUCCCUUCUUCUUCUGUGCCUGUCAGCCCUCCAUCUCUGUAACAAAGCCCUGCAAUAACUAACUUAACAAAGGGAAAAUGGAUGCUUGGCUCACAGUUUCGGAAGUUUCUGCUGGUGACCGUGGUCCUUACACUUUAACCUGUGAUGGAGUGUCACCUUACAGCAAGAGCAUGGGACAGAGUAAAGGGAGACAGGAUCCCACAAUCCCUUUCAAGAUAAUAAUUUCAAUUACCUAAAACCUCCUAGUAGACCCCUUUUCUUCAAGGUUACAUCAGUUGUAAAUAACACCUCUCUAGGAGCCAAGCUGUUAACUCAUCGGCUAUCUGAGACAGUCAAGACUCAAACUUAGCAUCCCCAAAGCCUGACUUUGCCUGCCCUCAGAGCACUUGGUAUCUAUUCUUGAAUUCAUUCACUCAUUCAUUCAGGCAAUUAUGUAAGGCUGGACACUUUACCUAUGAGGUACUAUGGUCUUAGGAUACACUUAAAAACAAAAAGACGCUGGGCAUGGUGGUGCAUGCCUUUAAUCCCAGUACUCAGAAGGCAGAGGCAGGAGGAUCUCUGUGAGUUCUUGGCCAACCUGGUCUACAAAGUGAGUUCCCUGGGUAACCAGAGCUAUUACACAGAGAAAUUUUACAAAUUUUUAAAAAAGGAAAAGAAAAAAGACACUACCCCUACCACUUCAGAAUUAUUAGUCCCCUGAACUACUUAGAAGUCGUGUCCAGUUGUGGGUACGUUCACUCACACCACUCACACGUCCCUCCUUCAGUACCUCAGUAAGUAAGCCAGUUGCCACCCUGCUUCUGGCUUCCCAGAGGCCACACCGUUCCCUUUCUUGCAUGUACAGAUGGCUCUCAGGUUCUGCAGCUGCUUUAGUCCCAUCUCCUCCUCCCAGCCUCUCCCGGCAGUAUUCCUGAGCCUCCUGCUACAUGGUUAAAGGUAGGUGGACUUAUCAUCUGCCCAUUCUUAACGUCUAUAAAAAUGUCUUUGUAUCGGAUUAGAAAAGGAAAAGGUUUCCCAGCCAAAAGCGUGUUGAUUGCUUUGAAUUCCUGUAGGUACAUAAUUAAAUCUCUGAGCACGGCCAGCCAGACAUGCCCAGUGUCUGUCAAAUGAUUUAUGUUUAUUUCCCUUCCCCUAAAAAGACUUUGCUACUGUUCCAAAAUCACCAAGGAAAGCGCCAGGAGUUUGUCCAACCUCUGAAAUGCAAAAAGAAAACCAGUUUAGAAAUAUUUACAUCGUUCGCCAGAAUCCAAGGCCUCUUUGGGACUCUCUAGAUGUCACCGUAGUCCCUACCAACCCUUCUUUAUAUUUUGAGAGAAAUUUCAACCUCUGUGCAUAGAAUAUUAUUGAAGUAUCCUUUAAGGGAGUUCAGUGCCCUGGGGAAACUGUAAGGCACAGGUCUGGGUCAAUGUGAUCCUCUUCUGGGAACAGUCACUAUGUGUCUAAAAUGUAGGGGGACCUGACUGUCCCCUGUGAUUACUGACACCCCAGGGUCUGCUGUAGUUAGCCCUUACCUGCUUCUCUUCCCUACAUCUCUUCAAGCCUACCUGAACAUGGGCUUCUUUCUCGGGCAGCGUCGCCUUUCAGAAACUGCACACUUCACACACCAAACUGGCCAAAGGACAGAAAACAGGAGCUGAUUUGCCUUGAAGACUGUUCUUUGUUCUGAUUGGGCUGGCUUGUGUCACAUGACCAUUCAGUUUGCGCCAGCACUGGUUGGUUCAGUUCAAGUCCCAUGCCUCCUGAAUCACAGCUAGUUCAAGUAGAAACUACACCUCCACCUAAGACUUGUUUCCAGGAUUAAAAGUGAUGUGGGAGUGUCAUAUAUCAAUCUUUUGAUUUCAUUGGUUAAGUAAUAAACAAACUGCUUGGGCUCAUAGCUUAGAACAUAGGUGGGUGGAGUAAACAGAACAGAAUGCUGGGAGAAAGAGGAAGUGAGGUAAGACGCCUCAGAGAGACCCCGUGCAGCUCUCCCCCAGGCAGACGCCAUUCAGCUCUGACCCAGGAUGGACGUAGGCUAGAAUCUUCCCGGUAAGCGCACCUUGGGGUGCAACACAGUUGAU